AACGGGUGACGUUUCUAGCAAACGUAACCUCAAAAUUUAUGGGUAACUUUGCCAAGUGCCACCUGGCGUUUGUUUUUCGAAUUCGGCCACGUCACUUGAGGCAAAAAUCGGCUGUGUGUGUUGUUUGGUUCGUCCCCAGAAAAAGGAAAAAUCCAUUAUUAAAAAUGAACAUUUUCCGAUUACUGGGCGACAUUUCCCACUUGUUGGCCAUCAUAAUUUUGUUGCAGAAAAUCUGGUAUACACGGUCCUGUGCUGGUAUUUCUGGUAAAUCCCAAAUACUAUUUGCUUUGGUUUAUACGGCUAGAUAUUUGGAUCUAGUGACUGCUUAUGUGUCACUGUAUAACACUUGCAUGAAAGUGGUUUUCCUUGCCAGUUCCUAUGCCACUAUUUACUUGAUUUAUAUGAAAUUCAGGGCCACCUAUGACAAGAACCACGACACUUUUAGGAUUGAGUUUUUGGUUUUACCUGCAGUGGUUUUAUCCAUGUUAAUUAACCAUCAAUUUAGCUUGCUAGAGAUUUUGUGGACUUUUAGUAUUUAUUUGGAAAGUGUAGCUAUUUUGCCCCAGCUGUUUAUGGUCAGUAAAACUGGCGAAGCUGAAAGUAUUACUUCGCAUUAUUUGUUUGCAUUGGGCUCUUACAGGGGCCUGUACAUUUUGAAUUGGAUUUAUCGUUACUGGAGCGAGGGGCACUACGAUUUGAUUGCCAUUGUGGCUGGUAUAGUGCAAACUGUUUUGUAUUGCGACUUUUUCUAUUUGUACAUCACUAAAGUAUUGAAAGGAAAGAAACUCCAACUGCCAGCAUAAAAUUAUCAUGAUCUUACCAAAAAACAAAGAGUUACAGUUUCCUGUAAAUUAAUGCUUUUAUUUUUGAAGCCUUUUGCAGCACUCAAUUGAAGUGCCAUAUUACCAAAGCAGGCGUGAGGCGUUAAAAAAAAAUUACUAAUUUUUCCUGUUUAUAUAGUUUUUAAGGCUAGCGUUACGAUUUUAUAGUAAUAAAAUAAAAGCGUUCUUUUAAAUAUGAAAUAGUUACAAGGUAAAAUGAUAGAUGGCGCCAGUGUAGUUUAGAGGACAAUUGUAUCGACUUUGCAAAAACUGAUAAGGGUUCCAGGUUCUUGUUAGGCCUAUUCGGGUUUGGAAAAAGGACGGUUCAAAACAAUCGUCCAGUUUAUUGAUCAACAAAAUAACAACGACUCGACUAUCACAAAUUUCAAUAAUAAACUGUGCGAUUCUUCUGGACCGUUCUAGAACCGUACUUUUUCCAAACCCGAAUAGGCCUGUUAU